AUGGCGGCCUCCGUGCGGGUUGGGAGCACCGUCCCGGUGCCUGCCACAGCCCGAGGCCCCACACGGCGAGUGGCACAGCAGAUUCCUGAGGAGAUUCUCGGGAACACAGAGCUACGAGAGGCAAUGGAAGCCUUGCCCCAAAACUACAACUUUGAGAUCCCCAAGACCAUCUGGAGGAUCCGACAGGCUCAGGCCAAGAAGGUGGCCCUGCAGAUGCCAGAAGGGCUUCUCAUGUUCGCCUGCACCAUCGCGGACAUCAUUGAGCGGUUCACGGAUGCAGAGGCUGUGGUGAUGGGUGACGUGACCUAUGGUGCGUGCUGCGUGGAUGACUACACGGCCCGGGCCCUGGGCGCUGACUUCUUGGUGCACUAUGGACAUAGCUGCCUGAUUCCCAUUGACACCACUCAGGGGCUGAAGAUGCUCUAUGUGUUUGUGGACAUAAAGAUUGACAGCUCCCAUUUCCUUGAGACCAUUCGCUUCAACUUCACGGAGGGCACCUCCCUGGCCCUUGUCAGCACCAUCCAGUUCGUCUCCACACUGCAGGCAGCAUCACAGGAGCUACGCUCCCAGUACAAGGUUUGUGUGCCCCAGUGCAAGCCUCUUUCCCCAGGGGAGAUCCUGGGCUGCACAUCGCCCCGGCUCACCCAGGACACAGAUGCCAUCGUGUAUUUGGGUGACGGACGCUUCCACCUGGAGUCCAUCAUGAUUGCCAACCCAGGGAUACCUGCAUACAGGUACGAUCCCUACAGCAAGGUCUUCUCGCAGGAGCACUAUGACCAUGAACGCAUGCGCUGUGCUCGGCAGGAUGCCAUCCGCGCCGCUGCCAGUGCCCGCUGCUGGGGGCUCAUUUUGGGCACCUUAGGCCGCCAGGGCUCCCCCAGCAUCCUGCAGCACCUGGAGUCUCGUCUCAGUGCCCUGGGCCGGCCCUUCGUGCGGGUGCUGCUGUCUGAGAUCUUCCCCAGCAAGCUGCAGCUCUUCCCUGACGUGGACGCGUGGGUGCAGGUAGCCUGUCCUCGGCUCUCCAUUGACUGGGGAGAAGUCUUUGGCAAGCCACUGCUGACACCCUAUGAGGCAGCAGUGGCUCUCCGAGACAUUGAGUGGCAGCAGCCUUACCCCAUGGACUUCUAUGCCAGCCAGUCCCUGGGGCCAUGGACAGUGAACCACAGAGGCACACAGCCCCCACGCCAUGGCCAGCCAGCUCAGGGAAAACCACCUGCGACCCCUGCCUCGGCGGACAGAGGAGAGAGGCCGAGCGCUGGGAGUCCAGCAACCUCCUGA